UACCGGCACUUUCAUUUUCAUUGUUCUUUCUUACUACAAUUCCCAUUUCCCAUUAUAUACGAACACAAAAUGGAUAAUAACGAUGCAGUUGGACUUGAUGACAAUGAAACAGCAGGACUGGAGGACGAAAAAGUAGUUACAAUGAUGGACGUGUUAAAAGAACAAGAAGAUUUUGAAGAAGAUGCAAAUGCUGUACUCGGAGCUUCUGACGAUAAAAAUUGCACUUUCUCUAUGGGCUACAUCAAAAGACAAGCUAUAUAUGCUUGUAUGACUUGUAAUUCUGAUGCCAAAGAUGAUCCUUCAAAGAGAGCAGGUGUUUGCUUGGCUUGUAGCCUUAAAUGUCAUGAGGAUCAUGAACUUGUUGAGCUUUAUACAAAACGCAACUUCCGAUGUGAUUGUGGUAACCCUAAGUUUAAGUCGCAUCCUUGUCAAUUCACUCCAAAUAAGCAAGAUUUAAAUGAGGAAAACAGUUACAACCAAAAUUUCUCUGGUCUGUACUGUAUUUGUCAAAGACCUUAUCCAGACCCAGACGUAACAGAAGAAGAUGAAAUGAUACAGUGCAUUAUUUGUGAGGACUGGCUCCAUUCUGCACAUCUUGAUGCUACUGUCCCUGAUAAUGAUCAAUAUUCAGAGAUGAUCUGUAAACAAUGCAUGGAAAAAAAUAAUUUCCUACAUAACUAUGGAGACCUUAUUGUAAACUCUGAAGCAGAUGUUAUUGAUAUAAGCAUGAAUGGAUUAUCUAAUAGUGGUGCAAAUGAAAGUGUUAUUAUGGAUACUACAAAUGAUUUGUCUAUAAAUAAUAUUGAAAACCUACAAGAAAGCAUCACUUCACAUAGCAAAGAUACUUUUGUUUCGGAGGUAGUUGAUGUCACUGUUAAAAAUGAUGAAAUAGAAAUAAAUACACUAACUAAGGAAAAAGAUUAUGUAAAUAAAUCUGAACAUAUUGCCACAAAUAAAUCCAAUGAUUCAAUGAAGGCAUCCCAAACCCAAACUAGUCUUGAUAAUAAUGUAAUGACUUCUGAAAAAAAUUGUUUAUCAUCAGAGCAUACUCCAAAUGUAGAGAAAGAGCAGGUUACCUUUGUCAAUAAUUUACAAAAUAAAAAUAUUACAGACAUUACCGAAAGUAACAUAGAGCCUUCCGAACUACUAGAUAUUACAGAACAUGAAAAAUCUGUACGAAAUAGUACAGCAAGUAAUGAAAAUGAAGCAAUGCAAAAUUCAAAAUUAAAUUUUAAUGAGUCAACAAUUUUAAGAACUGACACAGUACAAGAAAUGGAAAGUGAUUCUGAAAUUGGAAACCUUCAUAAAAAUGCAUCUGUUGAACAGAUUAAUGCAAAAGGGGAAUUACUGGUAACAGAAACUAUAGAAUUUUCAAAAGAAAAAUUGAUAAAUUAUAAUGAAGAGGGAAAUGAAAAAGUAACAUCUACUAAAUCACCUGAUGACUUGGAAGAAGAUAGACUUCUUGAAGAUCCUGUUCCAGAAAACAAUGCUACUCAGGUUAAAAGUGUAACUCCAGAAAACAAUGCUACUCAGGUUAAUAGUGUAACUGAUGAAAUAAAAACAGAAGAUUUAACCACAGUUCCAGUGACAGAAAAUAAUGUAGAAACUUUACCAGAAAAAGAUACUGCAUGUGGUACAGAGCCACAAUUAAAAGAAUCUAGUAGUAAUGCAAACUCUGGUGAUAAGACAGCUGCAAUAGAUAAUAACGCAGAAGAACUUCCAUUAGAUAAUUUACAUAAAAAUCAACACAUAAUAUGUGAAAAAAUGGAUGUGACUAAUGAUACUGAACUUUCAAAUACUCAAGAACCAAUGGAGAAAAGUCAGAAAAAUGAAUGUAAACGUAAGCUUAGUAAGUCAGUUGAAGAUCAGGUAGAUGAUUUAGAAUACAAAAAACCAAAACUAGAUUCAAAACCUUGUGUUAAACCUCAAAAUGUGAAACAAAGGUACCAAGGUGCUACAUUUUGGCCAGUACACUUUAGGCAGAAACUUUGUACUUGCAAUGAAUGCCUGUCUAUGUAUAAAGAUUUAUCAGUAUUAUUCCUAAUAGAUCCUGAAGACACUGUAAGUGCAUAUGAGCAUUUAGGAAAGGAGAAAUCAAAUGGAAAACCAGCAUCUGAAUAUGAAAAAGGGUUAGCAGCUCUAUCUUCGUUAGACAGAGUCCAACAAAUUAAUGCACUGACUGAGUACAAUAAGAUGAGAGAUAAAUUAUUAGAUUUUCUAAAGAGUUUCAAAGACCGUAAAGAGGUAGUUAAAGAGGAAGAUAUUAAGGCUUUCUUUGCUGGUAUGAAACCAAAACGGGAACCCGAUGGAGUUUACUUCUGCAGAUAAGAUGCUUCUUAAAAUGUCCACUAUUCUUUUUAAUUAUUAUUCUAGCAGUAAGACUUAACUUUGGUUUAAAUGAUAUUUGUCUAAAAUUUCAAUAAUAAACAGUUUAGUUUCUAA